UGGAAUCAUGCCAUGUGACUCGGCGAGUGAUAAGAUGAUUGAAAAUAUUUUGAAAAAAAUGUGGGAUAGAUUUUCAUUAAAUUAAAUUUAUCGUAUGUUGGUGUAAUUAUUUCACAUUAUUAAUUAUUUGUACGUUUUUGUGAUGAAAAAUUGAACAACGACGCAAUGAAGACCAAACCGAAACGCCAUAAGGCUUCUAACACAUUCAAAUUUCAAACGUUUUCCGAACGUAUAUCAUCCAUCGAUUACGAUGUGUUUCACAAAGUAAAACAUCCUUACCAAGAAGAUGACGAAGAGAUCACAUAUUACGCUCAAGCGUUGACUAAAUGGAACACAGAAAGCUUUUCUCCCGGGUAUUACGAGCUGAGAAAAAAAUUACCGAGUGAUGUCAAUACUUUACCGCAACUUCUCGUGCUGAAAGAUGAUAUAAUGAAAACGUUACUCGAUCAUUUAAAAUCUUGCGAUAUAGAAUCAUUACAGCCAGCUUUAGAGUUGAUUGUGGCCGUAGCAAAAGAUCUCCGGAAAGAAUUUUUUCCUUAUUUUAAUCCCGGCGUUCUUCAAGAAUGCAUUCGUUUAUUAGAUACCCGAGAAGUCGAGCAAAUUGAAUGGACUUUUACCUGUUUAGCUCAUUUAUUCAAGUUUCUUUGGGCCAACAUCGUGAAAAACAUCAACAUUAUUUUACCAAAAUUACUACCACUUCUUAGUUCGUCCAAACCGAGCUAUAUCAAUAACUUUGUUGCUGAAAGUUUCGCAUUUGUCGCUCGGAAAGUACGCGAUAAGUUGGAAUUUUUGUUACUCAGUUUGAAAAACGUCAAGAAAAGUCGCGAUGAACUGGAUGGUGUUUCGAAAUUAUUUUUCGAAGUUAUGACGGGUGUGUCGAGUCAAUUUCACAGUUGUACCGAAGAAUUUUUAUCUGUCAUAUUGAAACAACUAAAUGAUAGAAAGUCAUCAGCCCUACUUUUUCAAAUAUGUGAGAAGUUAGUAUCUUUCGUGACUAGUUUUGUUACGUCGAAGACUGAUAUCGCUCCUGUGUGGAAUACUUUUAUGAAAAUAACGAACGAAUUUCACUCCAAAUGGCAGCGCGAUUGCAGCGUUCACAAUUCCGAAAAUCUAGAUUUCAUGUUCAAGUUAAUACUGAAAUUUAUCAACGGUAGAGAAGUACUGUUGUCGAAUCCUCAAGAAAUCACCGACUUGGCAAUGAACUUGGUCACCAACGGAGAAAUACGAAACUUCAAAUCAUUACACGUGACUUUAAUCGACGUAUUAUGCUGUAUUUUGACCACGAAUAAAAUUUCAACCAAGAUUAGGAAUACCAAUGAAAUGAUCGUCAAAAUCUUGGGCAACAUUGAUGAUGACAAAGUUGCUAUUCGCUUCGUUGAUAAAAUCAUCGAACUGAAUCAAUACGAAUCGAUCGUUUUUCGCGAAUUUUUGAAGUACGUCAACAUUCGAGGAUUAAACGACGACUUGAGCGAAUUUUUAACGAAAAUCGUUUACACAAAGACUAAUUUUUCAUUCGAAUCGGGGAAAAAUUCGCUAGAUUUUUUUACUCUUGGUCUUAGAUCUGUUCCUCGCACGUUCACCGAAUUCCUUUUGAACAAAAUUUUAGACAAGGUAUCCGAUGAAAAUAUCCAUCAAGUGGAGAACUCGUUGCAUUCAAUUAUAGUAUUAUCUUUCACAAACCUUCCAGCUGCGAAAUUUGCUCAAAAAUUUGACAAGUUUUUCUCAAGUCUUUGUACUUGUAUCGAAGCUACGGAAAACGUCGAACUCAAGGCGAAGCUUUUGUACAGUUUAUUGAUCUUCGUUCAAUAUCGUUUCAAGAACGACAGCGUGAAAGACUCAAAUAUCAACAAAGUCAUCGCACUAGCUGCAAAAUACAUUAAUUCUAAUAAUUAUCUGUGCUCCUUGAGGAUACUCGAUAGUUUAUCUGAAAGCAGCGCUUUCGAAUGUUUGAAUUCGGAUGAAGGAAAAAUUCGUCUUAUUAAUAAUUUAUCUUCGCCAUUUCACAAGGUUCGUUUAUUCUCGUCGCACGUACUUUCUAAAAUGAACAUAAGUCCCGUAUUCGAUCAAAUCUCCGAAAUCGAGAUGAUAUAUCCGACUAUCGAAACGUACCGAGAUAAACUGCAGCGUUUACAGAAAUUCGAAUGCGACGAAUUAUUCGCCAAUAUCGCCGAUAAAUACGUCAGACUGGGUGUUCUGAAAUUUCUGUUUGGAAAUAUGUAUAUUAACUUUUUAUACAUGUGGGAACCUACUCAGAAACUGAUUCAGUCGCAUUUAGAAAAUGAUCCGAAUGCGUGGAGCGUGUUCACCGAAGAAUUAGAGGCGGUUGCUACGAAUGAUUUGAAUUUCGAUCGAGUUAUGGAAGACGUACAAGCUGAAUUCAAAUGUGAAUUUUUAAAAGAACAUUUUUAUCAGCUGAACGGAGUUGAUGAUAGACCUGAUUUCUACAAUGUUCGAUGCCUUCUUUCGAGUAUAAUGACUAACAUAUCAAAUUACUCCUGCAUUGAUAAGAAUUUAGUAGCUGAUCAUUUUUUGAAAUUUUAUAAGUCCGAGUAUACUGCUAGUAAUAACGAUUAUGGCGCUUAUUGUAACGUAACAUUAGUUAAAGAACGGGUUUCUGAAGAUCUCGUUGAAACUGGAAAAAAGACGGGCAAGAAUUAUAAUAAAUUGUUCUUGAUAUAUUUGAAACUCGUAAAUAACCUCACUAACCAGCUGCCGAAGAAAUCGAAAUCUGAUAUAUUUGAUAUCCAUUUCGAGCUCCUUUCGAAUGGUAAUUCGGAUAUUCAGAAAUACGCUGUUAGUUUCAUUUGUCGUAUCAAAGACAUGAACUCUUACAAAGAAAGACUCCAUUUGCUGACCAACGACAACACGAUCAAAGAUCAAUUGCGAUUCAUCAGAUCAGAUUUAGAGUCCAACACGAUUCCUGAGCAAGAUGUACCCUACCUUAUGAAAAUCGUCUUGAAAAUAUUGUUUGGUAAAGUGAGAAAAAAAUCAGCUGGUAAUUUACGAGAAGCCAUGUUUGAAUUCUUGGUCAACUGUAAAAAAGACGAGAUUAUCUUCUUCUUCGAUAUGAUUUUCAAAGAAUUCAGCGCCGUUGUGAAAGAUCCAUCCGAUCCGGUGAUUCACGAAUUCGAAGAAGUCAAUCUCGAGAAAGCUUUAAGUCCUUCGUGGGUUCUCAAUUACCUAAACCACGUUACGGAAAUUUUCAAAAAAUGUGGCGGUCUUUUACAAGACGUAGCGUUAAAAUAUCUUCUUCGUGUUUUACUGAAAUGUAUUUCGAUCGUGGUAUCGUUGCAAAAUCAAAAAUCUUCCGUGCAUCCUUGUUAUUAUAAUCUUAUUAGUAAAAUGCGAGUGAACGCUUUCGAAGCGAUCAUCUAUUUUGUGGAAAAUUUCGAAUACGUUUGGUCCAAAGACGAGAUGAACGCUCUGUUUAAAUUUUUCGUCGAUUCGUGGAUAGAAAAAAUUUCGGAAGAAUGUUUACAGAGCCCGAAUCCGUUGAUGAAGCUAUUCAUUACUUUCACCAAGAAUCCAAAGUUUUUCCCUUUGUUGGCAAAGAAGUCUAGAAAUUUGACCGCUUUGGAGGUGCUAAUGAAGCUUUUGAACAAUGAUAAAGUUUACUUUAACGUGAAGAAUUCCGUUGUCGAGGUUGUGGAAAGAUUACUAACCUUGGAAGAUGAAAUAGACGAAGAAGAAAUGCGCGAGUUCAUGUAUCACGAUGACGUUCACAAAAAUAAAAAAAAAAAUCAACGCUACGGAAUGACCCUUCUGAUGCCAUAUGUUUCCGAAGUUCUUCAAUACUUACAGGCAUCUCUAUCGAAAAAGUACAUCAGACUGAACAGCGUUUAUAUGCUAAUUUUGAAACGUGUAUCAGAAUUCGGAUUAAAUGAAGAAUCCAGCGCAGUUUUGUUGAAUCUUUUACUACCAAUUCUACGAAGCAAAGUUACCAGCAGUGGCGAAGACGACGUCGUUACUCCCUUAUUGGACACGAUAAUCAAUUUAUUCAAAACUUUCAAAAAUGCCGAACGGUUUAAAGAAUAUUUACUGCAAAUCGCCUACUUAUUGGGGGUCGCUACAACGCAUUCAGUUCGCCAAAAUUUAUGCGAACUUGUGAGCUACAUUUCAGAUAAAACAAAGAAAAAAUUUAUCGACUCGGAAUUGAUUUGCGGUUUGAAUUUGGACGAUAAAAAAUGGAUCGGUCAACCCGACUACGAUGGAAGGCUGAAAACCUUCAAAAGUAUCAACGAAGCUCGAGACAACGAACAAAUUUCCGUCUACUCGGGCAUCUUCAUCGUUUACAAUUGUUUCUAUAUGAUUAAAAACGUCAAAGAUAUAGCGUUAAGGGAUCAUUCUGGGCUGUGCUUGAAAAAUCUAUGCCCUGCUUUAUGCGAGAAGUUCUCCGAUGAUAAAAAACAGCUUAAUUUGUUUCUGAAUGAUAUUCUACUUCCAUUGAUCAGAGAAGGAAUAUUGAGCGAUGAUGAAAAUUACCAACACGAAUCUUUAGCUUUACUAGGUUUUAUGGCUCGCGAAUGUAGCAAAAUUCAUUUCGUGUUCAGAGAUUUGCAUCCGUUGAUCGAUCGUGAAGAUGUUGAAACUGAUUUCUUUGAAAAUAUAUUACAUUUGCAACAUUUCCGAAGGAUAAAAACUUUAAAAAGAUUCACCGAAAUAAUGUCUCAGCAAGUUAGAUCACCAUCGCCUUACACGUUGACGUUUCUUUUUCCAUUGGUCACCAAAAGUUUGCUGUCUGCUAAAUUUUCCAACGAACAUGGCUUGAUUGAUGCCGCCAUUGAGGCUCUGGGCAUAAUCUGCCGUCUAUCAAGUUGGCGUUAUUACGAAAAACUCCUCAAGUUUUACGUUAUGGAGAUGCGUAAAAAUGUUACCCUGCGUAAACAGGCAAUUCGCAUCGUGUCUGUAAUUUUAGAUUCGUUUCAUUUCGAUAUCUCCCAAGCUGAUCAAACCAAUUGCGUAACGAAAUCUGAUAAAGUUGAAAAUGACGACGAUAUCGAACCUAUGGAAGUUGACGAAGAAGCCAAAGAUAUCGUCGAUGAAAGUCAAGACGAAAAAAUACUUCCGGUAGUUCAACGAAUGACUGUAUUGUGUCGUUCGGACGCUACCAGGGUAUACCGCAGCAUCAAGUCUUUCUUGAUUCCAAGCCUGAAUCGUAUUUUUUUGGCGUACGACGAUUCCGAUCAAUACCAUAAACAGAGUAAAAAGGAUAAAAAUAAUGAUAAAGAAGAGAUGGCCGUGUUAAGCAUACCGAUCGCUUUUGCUGCUGUUAAAUUGAUGAAAAAAUUACCUAAAGCUGUACUCGAGGAGUAUAUAUCGACAAUUUUCUUGAAACUGAGCACAUAUUUGAAAUCGAGGCUGCCCAGUAUACGGUUAAUUGCCCGAGAAACCAUGCAAAAUGUUUUAAUAGAAGUCGGCCCGAAAUAUUUGCCUCGGCUUCUAUCCGAAAUGAUGUCUAUAUUGACGAAAGGUUUCCAAAUUCACGUACUAGUGUCAACUUGCCACGCUAUUUUGGAAAAAGUCAGCGACCUGUUUAUCGAGGGUGAAAUCGACUCUUGCGUUGAUCCUAUUCUGGAGAUUUGCAUUGUGGAUCUAUUUGGAAAGCUGUCCGAAGAAAAAGAAGUCGGCAAGAUAACUGGUAAAACUCCGGAAGCCAAAGGAAAUAAAAGUUACCACAUGUUGAAUAUCUUAUCCGAAAAUAUAACGCAAUGUCACGUUUUAGACAUUAUUUUACCAUUGAAACAGAUCUUAGCGAUAAACAUGUCAACAAAAACAGUGAACAAAAUACGAAGAUGUUUGCAGUACGUUGCUUUGGGUCUGGUCAAGAACAAGUUCAUCGAUACGAAUUCGAUUUUGGAACUAGCCUACGGCAUUUCGAACGAUUGCAUUCCAGAACUGACCGGUGAAAAUCAAAAUAACAAGAAUAUAACCGAAACGAAAGUACCCGAAAAAUCAGAUACCUUACUUAUACCCGAAGAACCGCGAAAACUCAAACCGGAAUUGAUUAAAACGUGCGCUAGGACAAAUGCUCAUGUAAUCAUCGAAUUUGGAUUAGAACUGUUGGAAUCAGCUUUAAGACAGGAACAAUUGAAACCAAAAACGUAUCGAGAACGUUUGGAUCCGUUUAUACCUAUUAUUAAAGAUUGUUUGCAUUCUCAGCAUGUUAAAUUACGAAUAUUGUCGCUGAAAUGUUUGGUGAAAUUGUUUCGAAAAAAAUUACCCUCGUUGAACGAGAACAUCGGUGAUAUUUGCGAUUCGAUUUUUGAGAUUUUAGGAGAAUAUUCGAGUCCAGCGAUGACAGGAGAAAAUGCCGAACUUUUGAUGAGUGCUGCCAAAGCUGCUUUAGUGCUGGUUCACGAUCUCGAUCAUAAAAUUGACAACUGCCAACUUCGUAUCAUGUUAUUCGUGGCCGAAGACUUGUUGAAAAAUAUCACCCAUUACGGGACAGGAUUUUCCCUCAUCAGAGCGGCGAUUAAACGGAAAUUCAAUAUCCCAGAGGUACACAGUCUGAUGAAGAUCGUUUCAGAAUUGAGUAUACGUUCGUAUUCGGAACCUAUCCGAACGACGGCUAGAGAAGUGUACUUCAAGUACUUGAUGGAUUACCCUCAUGGCAAGAAAUUACGCCAGCACGUGCAAUUUUACGUAGAUCAAUUGAAAUACGAUCAGUUGGAUGGUCGCAAGUCGGCAUUAGAGAUGUUACGCAUGCUAUUGAAAGAAAUCCCCGUGGAAUCGUUAUCAAAUUUAGGAAACGUGUUGCAUUUCGCUUUGGCUUGUCGACUAGAUUUAGAAGAAUCAGCCGAGUGCAAAAAAAUGGUAGCGGAUUGUUUGAUCGAAAUAAUAAACCGAGUCAAAGGCACAAAAGAAAAUGAUAAAAUGUUCGAUACAGUUAUGAUAUGGAUUAACGAGCCCAAGAUUUCCGUGAGAAGAUUAGCGUUACAAAUUUUGGGCUUAUACGUGUCUACUCUGAAAUUUAAUUUUAUCCAGAAACUGGAUCAGAUUUUACCUUCGAUUGAGAAGCAAUUUUCUAAUGCAGCCCCGAAAGCCAUUCAGCUCGAAUCUGAGGACUCGACUACCGAAAUGGAUCAUUUGAUUUUUCAAACGCUCCAUCUGUAUAAAAUGAUUCUGGAAAAUUGUCCUGAAAUACUGACCGAUCAGAAAUACGUCGAACAUGUCGAUAAAAUAGGAGUGAGUUGUCGAAUUUUCUUGGGCCAUUCGCACGAAUGGGUACGUCUCGAAGCUGCUCAAAUAUUAGGUAUUAUUCUGAAAUCGAUAAAUACCGAGCAUAUUGCGGACGCUAUCGCGAAAAAGAAAAAGAUAAGGAACGGAUUUUUACGCGACGAUAAAGCUAAAGAAAUGGUUAAAAGCUUAUGCUUAGAUUUUUGCGAUCAAUUAGCUCCCGGUUACGAUGUUAUGAACUUGUUGGUCAAAGAAAUCAGAAGCAAUUUGUUAUACUUGGUUGAUGUUUUGAAACAUAUCGAAUCCGUGGAUCCUAAAAAAUUGUCGUUAUUGUGGCUGAUGAGAAAGUUGGCCAGACUGGUAGCCUUAGAAGUCGCAAAAGCUCCUCUGAAAUAUACGGUGAGAACGAUGGUAUACCAAUUAUUCAUCGCGAUGGCUGGAAAACUCAACGAAGCUACGUUGUCGCCUCUGUUGUCUACAAUUUUAACACCUAUAGUUCGUGAAUUGGAAACCAACGACGAACAAGGUGCCACGAUUCGUCCCCUAGCCGAAAAAGUACGUCAAUUCUAUCGCGAAAAGAUCCCAUCAACCGUUUACGACGAGGUCAUCACUAAAGUUCAACGUAAACUCAAUAUCAAGAAGACACGAAGGAAGGUCACUCGUUCUCAAAUGGCUGUAACCGAUCCAGAGAAGUCAGCCAGCGUUAAGGUUAAGAAGCAGUUGAAAAAGAAAGAACAGAAGAAAAGAAGGCUGGAGAAAUUACGUAAACGAAAGUUCAAAAGUGGCAAGAGAGUUAAACUAGUUGACGUUAGCAGCAAGUGAAAGAUUAUCCGUCCAGCGGGACGAUGUUCAUUGAUCUGUGAUAUCAUUUUCGUUCUUAUUUUCAAUAAAAGUUUUUUUCCCCCGAA